UAUAACUUGCUUAUGGAUGGAUUUUGGCUUUGAUUUUGGCUAACUUGUUUUUAGAAUUUUGUAAUAUAGAUACUAAAUGAAUAUCUUGAGACAAACUGUAUUUUCUAGCGUUGGUUUUAUAACAAAAUCAAUAAUUCGUCCAGUUUCAAAUAGCAGUAAUUUGAUGUCAAAUAUGGAUAUUACUACGGUUAGAGGCGGGGCGAAGAGAAUAGUAUGGGUAGACUUGGAAAUGACGGGUCUGGAUAUAGAAAAGGACCAUAUACUGGAGAUUGCCUGCUUGGUUACCGAUGCUCAGCUCAACAUAGUUGCUAAGGGCCCCAACCUUAUCAUACAUCAGCCAGAUGAUAUUCUAAGCAGCAUGAACCCUUGGUGCGUCAAUCAACAUGGUGAGAGUGGACUGAUGGAGGCUAGCAGGAAAUCAAAAAUUUCUCUCAGAGAUGCUGAAAACCAAGUUUUGAAAUUUGUCACUUCUCAUGUGCCUGAGAAGAAGUGUCCCUUAGGAGGGAAUAGUGUUUACAUGGACCGAUUAUUCCUCAGAAAAUACAUGCCAAGAUUUGAUAAUUACUUACAUUACAGAAUCAUAGAUGUCAGCACUAUAAAGGAACUAGCUAAGCGAUGGUACUCACGGGAAUUCUCAAGGAUACCACAGAAAAAGUUCAAACAUCGCUCCAUAGAUGAUAUUUUGGAAAGUAUAGAGGAAUUGAAGUAUUAUAGAGAGAAUAUUUUCAAAAAUGUUGAUGCGGAUAUAGAAAAUUGACACUUGAAGAGGCAGUCUAAUUCUAGACUCACCAGUUGUAGAAAAUUAUGUUAGAUAAUUUUUACUAUUGUGUUUCGUGAUCAAUGAUUGAGUAUUUAGACAUGUUUGUUAUUUGAUAGUACUGAUGUAAAUCAGCUAUCGACACAAUACAGGGUGUUAGUGACAUCAUAACGAAUACUAAGGGGCAUGAUUCAGACAAUGAUUCUGAGUUAAUAUGAAUUGGGAUUUUCCAUCAGAAUAUUCAUGUUUUUUUUUUGCGUUUUUUUCAAUUCUAAAUUCCACUAGAUCCCCCUCAGUAUUCAUUACGAUGUCACUUACACCCCAUACAAGUAUUUACAGGUAUGCCAUAAAGUAUGUAUGGGUGUUAGUGACACUGUAACAAAUACUGAGGGAGAUGAGUUAGACCACGAUUCUGAGUUGAUAUCAAGUGGAAUUUCCUGUCGGAAAUUCAUGAGAAUUUUAGUGUGUUUUUUAAAUUAUUUUCCGUUCUAUACUUUUGCGAUGGAAAAUUCCACUUGAUAUCAACUGAGAAUCAUGGUCUGAAUCAUCCCUCAGUUUUCGUUACGAUGUUACUAACACCUUGUAUAGUUUAUUUUCAAGGUCAACUAUCGAUAGUUCGGCAACACUAGUGAGUGAAAGAUAUAGAAUAAUACAUGAUUAUUACAAUUUGAACUUUGCAUCUUUAUAAGAACUGAUUGACUAUUGUAGUGGCAUGAUAUUUUUUGUUUAGAUUUUAAAAUACUUAGCUGUCCAAUUAAAAAAAAACUUCAUACUGAAAACUUUAUAAGAUGCAACUUAUCUGAUACCCACGUAUAAUAAAUUGUAAAAACCUACCUCAUUUAUGUUUCAGAAUAUCUUAAUAAUUUUUUGGGUUGGUACCUAAAUUUUACAUUUUAUAAAUUAUUGUAAUUUUUUUGUCUAGAGUUUAGGUAGAAUUUAUUUCACACAUGAAAUAAAUACUUAUUUCAUAAAACUAUACUUACUACUUAUUAUUUUAUAUCAUCAUCAGCCCAUUAACGUCCCCACUGCUGGGGUACGGGCCUUUCCUAUGGAUGGAUAGGGAGAUCGGGCCUUAGUGCGGAUUGAUGGUUAUUAACGACUGCUAAUGCAGCCGGGACCAACGGCUUAACGAGCCUUCCGAAGCACGGAGGAGCUCGAGAUGAAAACUUUUUUUUGUGGUCACCCAUCCUAUGACUGGCCUUUGCGAAAAUUGCUUAACUUCAACAAUCGCAGACCGAGCGCCACCGAGCUCCUCAAUCAUCAUUUUAUAUAACUAUACUUAUUACAUAAAACUAACUUAUAAACUUAUUUAAUAACAUUAUGUUCCACUGCUGACAAAAUUAAUUAAUUAAAAUACCAAAAUGAAAUGAAAUAUUUA